UGGGGCAGCCACUGUCGGUUUCCGCCCUGUGCUACCGCCAGGAGGCCGUGGGCGAGGGGGCUGCACUCACUUGGUGCCACUUGCGGGUCCGCCCCGCCUGCCUCCGCACAGAACUGAAAGUGAACAUGCUAAUCAAAACUUCCACUGAUAGGUAGAAGGAUACAUGUUCAAGUAGAAAGGAAUAUGUACUCAAAUUCCUCCAGCUUGGGUCAUCCACCCUUCACUCCAAAACAUCAACAGACUAAUUUCUUCAAUAAGCGUCCUCUAAAUAUGCCACCUACUCGUCGCUAUCGGCACCAAAUUACUGAUACUCAGUUUAAUUUUCAGAAUGCAGAUCUUUCCAGGGUUCUUCUGAGUGGGAACAUUGCAGCUAUUCCAGCUCUUAUGCUGCAGCCAAUGCCUUAUAUAAAUGGCAGUCCAGUGCAUACGUCUGAUGCGCCCAGGGUAUUCCGAGGGAGAAAAAGACUAAGUAAUCAAUGUGUUUCACAUGACAUCAAACGGCAGCGGUUUCACUCACCUCGUUCUGAAACAUCUGUAGUUAACGAAUCAGUGCCUUCACCAGAAGAACGUAGAUACUCCAUCCUAGGAUCAGUGCGUUCUCGACCGUUCCAUGCACAUUACUUACCAGAUUUAACCGGAUAUGUCCCUCCAUUGCACAAUACUUUGUUUCCAGACCCUAUAGAAACCACGCUCCCAGUGGUCGAAGAUCAGUUAAGUCAGCAGGUUCUGGAGUUGUUUCAAGCAUGUCAGCAACAGACCUGUGAUUUGAACAGAAAAGAGCUUUGCAGAACGGAACUCCAGAGAGAGAUUCAGCGACUUUUUCCACAGAGUAGACUCUUUUUGGUUGGGUCCUCACUAAACGGAUUUGGCACUCGUAGCAGUGAUUGUGACUUGUGCCUGGUGGUUAAAGAAGAACCAGUAAAUCAGAAGACUGAAGCAAGGCAUAUACUCAGCAUAAUCCAAAAACUCUUCAGUACCAAACUUUCAAGUUACAUUGAGCGACCUCAGCUGAUUCGAGCAAAAGUGCCAAUAGUGAAGUUCAGGGAUAAAGUCAGCUGUGUGGAGUUUGACUUGAAUGUAAACAAUGUUGUAGGAAUAAGAAAUACAUUCCUUUUGAGAGCCUACGCAUACAUUGAGAAUCGAGUUCGUCCAUUAGCAGUUGUUGUUAAGAAGUGGGCAAGUUUUCAUGACAUAAAUGAUGCCAGUCGUGGUACUUUAAGCAGCUAUACCCUUAUAUUGAUGGUUUUGCACUAUUUACAGACCCUACCUGAGCCCAUUCUUCCAUCUCUUCAAAAAAAUUAUCCAGAAUCUUUUGAUCCUGCUACGCAGUUGCACCUUGUUCAUCAAGUUCCAUGUACCAUUCCUCCUUACCUCUCGAAAAACGGAUCAAGCCUUGGAGAUUUGUUAAUAGGCUUCUUCAAAUACUAUGCCACAGAAUUCGAUUGGAACCAUCAAAUGAUUUCAGUUCGUGAGGCCAAAGCUGUUCCAAGACCUGAUGGUAUUGAAUGGAGAAACAAGUUUAUUUGUGUAGAAGAGCCCUUUGAUGGGACAAACACUGCUAGAGCUGUACAUGAAAAACAGAAGUUUGAUACUAUCAGAGCUGAAUUUCUGCAGUCUUGGCAGGUACUACGAGACAAGAAGGACCUGAACUGUAUAUUACCUUUAAGAAUGGCCAUUCAGAAAAGAUAAGUGGAAGAAGUUCGUUUCUUCUUAUUGGAUCCUGCUGAAAAAAAGAACAGUAUCAAAAUCAAGAGGCAAUUUCCCCGUGUUUUUUCUAUGACAUGUUUUUCUCUGUAAACUUUUGUUAAGGAAAUGUUUAUAACAAAGAUAGCAUAUUUUAUUACCCACAUUUCUUAAUACAGCUGUUAAUUCAAAGAUAGGUUUUCUGGAAAUGCUUGUGGUGUUGACUUCUAGAAGAAAAUAAAACACCAAAUCACAAGAAUGGAUCGGUUGUAAGGAAAGUAUGGGGAUACACUGACUUGUUUUCACAAUCUGUAUAAUCAUUAACUCAGACACAUAUAAGCCGCAAAAUAAAGACAUUCAGCACGGAA